AUGAAUAAACUUGCAUUUUUCCCUUCUGAAUUUGGCAAUGAUGCUACGUUAAUAACUUUACCACAUCCAAGAAAUGGCCAAUCCAAUGAUUUCAUAUUAAAAGAUGGAAAAUUGUUUGAAAUUCAGUUGGUUGAUAGAGAAUAUUGCUCAUUUUUCAUGGACAAUUAUGCAGUUGCUGAUGGAUCAGCUUUGUUCGCAUACCAAGUUCAUCCAGUUUUCUUAGUUCUUCCUUAUAUGUUCAAGCAAAAGAGCGAGUAUACUCCAAAGAAAGAUUUCUUCUUCAAUUCUCCAUUCAAGCAAAUAGAAGACCUUGUAUUUCCUUAUUUUGGUCAGAUUUGCACUGAAUUACCAUUUGAUGAUACAUUUGCUUAUGCAUUAGACCAAAAGAAAAUGCUUAAAUGGCUUGUUGGUAGAUGUGAAAAAAUCAUGCCAAUUCUUAGAAAGAAAAACUCACUUCCUGACAAUCAACUCAUAGAAAUCGCCUGGGGAGUUGUUCGCCAUUAUUUACCACAAGAUAUUACGCAAUUACUCAAAGAAGAGCUCCAAAAAGCAUAUGAAGGCUCAUUUCCAGUGAAAAAACUGGAAGAUGUUUUGACACCCAAUUUACCACAGUCAGAAGCUGUCGACGAUGUAAAGAAGAAGACUCCUCCGAAGUCUAAGAAGGCUGACUUAAAAUCAAGGCCAAAAGGAGUUGCUGAUAUUGCAUCUUUCUUCAAAAAAUAA